AUGAAGAAUAGGAAACCGUUGAAAGAGAAAACUAAUAUUCAUUAUUUAGAAAAUCACAAUAAGAGAACCAUAGUAUCACUGAAUAAACUAAUUGAUAUUUUCAACAAUAAAAAUGAUAUUACACCAGAUCCAUAUUCAUUUUUAUCUACUUCAACACCCCAAGGUAGAUCCAAAGCUAAAUUUGGUAAACAUGUUCUGAGGAAGAACAAAUGGAAACAGUCUGUAAUUAGUAAAACUGGUGUGAACCAAAUGGUAAAGAAGACAGUUCCUUCUGCCGAUAAGUCAUUUGAUAAUGGUAAUAUUGUAUCAUCCACUACUCAAUUGGAACUAAAGAAUCCACCAAUUGUCAAUGGUUUCACCCCAGUGUAUCAAUUAAAAACUUUCAGUGCUGCAAACUUCUUAUCACCAUGCAAGGACACCCAAAAACCUUACGAGAACAAACUUGCCGAUAGUUGUACUUCGCCCAGUGCUGUCUUACCAAAUAUAUCUACACUUAUGAAAUCAGUGUAUUUGGAAAAAUGUUCUUUAAAUUACAUCUUAAAUAGUCCAGUGGUUGGUUUGACCGAAUUCGGCAACACAAAAUCAACACAAAACGCAACCAAAAUGAUGACACUGUCUUCGACAUACGCCAAUCAACAAGAUUAUGUAUUAGAUGAUAUUCUGGACUAUACAGAAGUAAAAGAGUCUGAAUAUGAGGUCACUGAGGAAAUAAUUAAUAGCGUAACUGAUUCAGACCCGAUGGAUCUACUUAACUAUGAUAAGAAAUUGGUAAUGAUGACAAAUAGAAAUUAUUAUAAAUGGAAAUCUUACAUGAAAUCAUCAUCAUCAAAAUCAUCAAAUUGA